AUGAAUCAACCUCAACUUCAACUUUUCCUACAAAGAUUGAGCAACACCUCUCUGCAAAAUCCUCCACAACAACAAAUACCUCCACAACUUGAAAUACCUCCACAAAUUCCAACUAAAAACACUGAUUACGAGCAAUCACUUCCUGUCUACCAAGGAAGUAACUCUCAGUACGAUGAUAGCCAAGAAGAAAAUGUGCCUGAGACACCUCAAUACCCUCCGUCGACUCAAAGAAUGCGGGUGGGUUCCAACCAACAACUCGCUAAAGCUAGUCGUAUUUGGUCAGUCGCAGAAGAUGAAGCUCUUAUUGGGCUAUAUUUAAAAUACAGUGGAAAUGCGAUAAUGGGUACGGGCAUGAAAGCUGCUGAACUUUGGCGACAAAUAUCUGCGGCGUACGACAUGGUUCAAGCUAAGAAGCCAGAAAUACUACCACCCAGAAAUGCGAAGAGUUUGGAGAACCGUUGGAGAAGGAUGGCGGCAGAUGUACUGUUAUGGACAAGUUGUUAUGAUGAAGCGGGUCCGUUAACUGGAAGUGGAUUCAACGAAGUUGAUCGAAUUCAAAAGGCCUCAAGCUCAAAUUCUUCUGAUUCAGAUCAAUAUGCGGAAUUUGAUAAUCUAGUUGACGAAUUUGUCACAAAUCACUUACCUAACAUAAUGCUUCCUCAACCACCUCCAUCCGAGACCGAAAUUGUAAAUGAAGAUGAAACAGUCCCGCAACAUAGGGGAGAUAGAGAAAGGGAGAAAGGGCAUUUGCAAUUGUACAAUGAUUACUUUGCAAUAAAUCCCGUGUAUUCCGAAAAUCAGAUUCGUCGUCGAUUUCGAAUGCACAAACCUUUAUUCUGUCGGAUUAUGAAUAAAGUGGUUGAGGGCGAUCCGUUCUUCCAGCAGCGUAGGAAUGCAGCUGGUAGGCUUGGCUUAUCACCUCUGCAGAAAUGCACCGCUGCAAUAAGAAUGUUAGCGUAUGGUGUUGCUCUGGAUGCCGUAGAUGAAUACAUACGCAUGGGUCAAACAACAUCUAGAAAAUCAAUGCAACAUUUUACUCAAGGGGUGAUCAAGCAUUUUGAGGCCGAGUACUUAAGAAGUCCAACAGAUGAAGAUUUAAGGAGAAUCCUUCACCAAAAUGAAAUGCGUGGAUUCCCGGGCAUGAUCGGUAGCAUCGACUGCAUGCACUGGGAGUGGAAGAACUGUCCUAUGGCUUGGAAAGCACAAUACGCAGGUCGUAGCAAGAAUGCAACCCUUAUCCUCGAAGCUGUUGCGGAUCAAGAUUUAUGGAUUUGGCAUGCAUUUUUUGGAAUACCCGGCUCUUGUAAUGAUAUGAACGUCCUAUACCGCGCUCCGGUGUUUGACGAUGUUUUGAAAGGUCGGGCACCACCAAUUAGUUUUAUGGUAAACGACCAUGAGUACAACAUGGGAUACUACUUAAUAGAUGAUAAACAAGCUGCAGCUCGGAAAGACGUUGAACGUGUGUUUGGAGUUCUACAGGCUAGGUUUGCCAUAUUACGACAACCUUCACUUGCUUUCGACGAAGACAUUUUGAGCGACAUAAUGAAAGCUUGUAUCAUUAUGCACAACAUGAUUGUCGAGGAUGAACGACACAAUUACACUCGUGCCGAAGUUUUGAGAAGGUAUUACGAAGAAGAUCGCCCUCAGCUUCAUAGAGAAAGGUCCGGUCCGAGUACAAGUGCCACAGUGAAUAACAACGAGCCUUUCGAAUUUGACGUUGGCCGACCACCAAACGUUGAUUUUGACGCGUAUAUUCAAAGAAGAAUUACCCUGCGUGAUAGCCAAACCCAUUUUUCUUUGAAAGAUGAUUUAGUUGAGCAUAUUUGGCAAAAAUACGGUCGUAAUGAAUAA